CCCUGCUCUCUGGCCCUGCCUCCAUUUCAGCUCUGAGAGCCUCGGAGUGGGUCCAAGCAUGGCAAUGAAGUACGAAGACCUCCAGUCCUUGGAGAGAGAGGAGAAAAGCCAGGGGCUUAAAAAUGGGCUGCCUGCGCCCCAGGUCCUCCUGCAGCAUCUCUGCUCUGGACCCCGCCCCCUCCUGCUCUCCCUGGGCCUCAGCCUCCUCCUGCUGGUUGGCAUCUGUGUGAUCGGAUCCAAAAGUUCCAAGAUUCAGAGGGACCUGGAGACUCUGAGAGCAACUUGCAGCAACGUCACUUCGCACACUGUGGCGGAGGUCCAGGCACUGCACGCCCAGGGUGGCCGUUUGCGAGAAACGAUAACAUCCCUGCAAGUGGAGGUGGAAAAGCAGGGGCAGCAGCUGCAGGCAGCCCGCAGCUUGAAUGACACGGUGUUCUCCCUGGAGAGCCAGCUGGAGAAAGGGCAGCAGGAACUCAAAGCAGGCUAUUCUGACUUGGUCCUGCGUGUCCAGGAGGUGGCCAAAUACCAGAACUCUCUGAACAGUCAGAUGGCUGAGCUCAAGAGCAAUGGCUCCCAGAAGACCUGCUGCCCCGUCAACUGGCUGGAGCAUGAAGGCAGCUGCUACUUGUUCUCUGGGACUAAGAAGCCCUGGCCCGAGGCUGAGGAGUCCUGCCAGCUGCAGAACGCGCACCUGGUGGUGGUCGGCUCCUGGGAGGAACAGAAGUUUCUCGAAGAACACACAUCCUAUGUGAACACCUGGAUUGGCCUCACUGACCAACAUGGUCCCUGGACGUGGGUGGACGGGACAGACUACGAGACGGGCUUCAAUUUCUGGAGUCCGGAACAGCCAGACAAUUGGCGUGGACAUCAGUCCGGGGAAAGCGAGGACUGUGCCCACUUCACCGAUAGUGGCCGCUGGAAUGAUAAUGACUGCACAAAGCCCUUCCGCUGGGUCUGUGAGAUAAAGCUGGACACAGCCAGCUAGAAGCCUCCUCUACCCUAAUU